GUAACCAGGAACAGCUGCCUGUUCUCUUCCGGGGCGGCACUUGGAGACGUUUUUGGCCUUCUCAACGGUCUUGGUUUUCGACGCGGCGGUGUAUGGUCGUUCUUGUAUCCUUUAGUUUUUGUUCCGGGCUCUUGGUUUACAAAAAGCAGCUGGCACGCUUGCGCUUUCAUUGCCUACUUUUUUACAUAGUCUUGUGGGGUCUUCUCCUGGCAGUGCAGACCUGCAAGCUGAGAUGCAGCAGGAGCCACAAGAGACAGGUCCUUCUCAGCAGUGGCCCCUCAUUUAUGGAAUGCCUUUCCCAAAGAGGCUUUUCUGCUGCCUUCUUUAACAUCUUUUUGGUGCCAGGGAGCCAAUUCCAAAUGCCCCGCAAUGGAUGAUGACAGUCAGGAUGAACUCAUAAACAAGAAUGCUGCAGUAGGCAAAGUCAAAAGAACAACUGCACUGCUCUUCAGUGAUGCAGAAAGUAGUGAAGGAAAUAGUGAGGACUCUGAUGACACAGGAAGUGAGGAGGAAGGUGAUACUGAUGAAGAUGGAGGUGAAGAGGAUGAAGAAGGUGAAGAUGAAGAUCUAGAAGAUUCUGAGGAGGAGGAGGAGGAGGAGGAAGAUGACGAGGAGGAGCAGGAGGAGAUGGAAAUUGCUGCUAAGCAACCAACACAUUCGGUUAAAGCGAAGCUGCAACUUAAUGGAGGACUUGGUUCUUCUUCAGAUGAAGAUGCUGAAAAAUGUCCGAUAUGCCUCAACACAUUCAGGGAUCAGGCUGUUGGAACACCGGAAAACUGUGCCCAUUACUUCUGCUUGGAUUGUAUAGUCGAGUGGUCUAAAAAUGCAAACUCUUGUCCAGUGGAUCGAAUUAUUUUUAAAUCUAUCUGCGUUCGAGUGCGCCUGGGUGGAGAAAUCUUGAAGAAAAUUCCUGUCGAGAAUACAAAACCUCAGGAGGAUGAGCUGGAGGAUGAUCCCACCUUUUGUGAAGUGUGUGGCCGAAGUGACCGAGAAGAUCGCCUGUUGCUGUGUGAUGGCUGUGAUGCUGGAUACCACAUGGAAUGCCUUAAUCCUCCGCUGAGUGAGGUACCUGUGGAUGAAUGGUUCUGUCCACCAUGUGCACCAAUGAAUGCUGCACCUCUUGAUGCUGAAACAGAUCAUGUGAGUGAAGAGGAGGUUGCUUCCCUCAUAGCUGAUGUAAUCCCUACCACCAGUCGACUGCGUCCCAGUGUCCGAACUCGAGCUAUAGCCAGAACACGUCAGAGCGAGCGCGUGCGGGCAACAGUGAACAGAAAUCGGAUAACAACUGCACAGCGAAUUCAGCAUGUACCAAGGUACCUUAUGUCUUCCCUUCUUGAUGAAACAAUUGAGGCCGUUGCAGCAGGGCUGAGUACAGCCGUAUACCAGAGACCAUUGACUCCUCGAGCUACAACCAAGAAGAAACGAAAAGGAGGUAGGAGAAGGAAAUUAGGUAAAAAAACUCAUACAAAGUCAUCUGCUGGAAAAAAGAGUGCUGGAACUUGGAUUAAGAGACGCAAGCGCCGAGCGAGGCGGAGGAAGGGAAAAAAAAUAAAAGUGAAAACUGAGGUGACUGCUCGUUCCCGAAUUGCAAAAACCCUUCAUCUUGGCAAGCCUGUACAUGGCACUUCAAUCCCUUCCAUGUACAAACCAAUAGAACCCUCACUUGGCCUUAUGAGAGCAGAUAUUGGAGCAGCCUCUCUCUCUGUUUUUGGAGAUUCUUUUGAACUGGACCCUUAUAACAGCAAUGAAGAGCUUCCCAUAAAUUCAGCCUCACCUGUGAGCAGCAAAAGAAGAGUUCUUUCUCAGUCGGCGCUAAGAUCGCAUCGCCCUGUUGCUCGGCCGGUCGCUGUGGGGCUCCCUGGGAGGAGUGUGCCUGCCUUGAUACCUGAGCCAGAAGCUGAACCAGCACCUGUGCCUGACCUUCUGGGGAGCAUCCUGACUGGGCAGAGCCUCCUUAUGAUGAGUGGUUCUGAUGUUGUCAUUAAUAGAGAUGGAUCAUUAACAGCAAAGAAAGCAGUCUCAUUGCUGCAUGACAAUUCAGUAAGCAGCUCAAGAGCAGUGGAAGGCUUGGAGGAAAGCGCCCAGCCGGGGGCAUCACAUCUGGGGAUCCCAGCUAGUACUUCCGUUGCUGAAUCUUUGGUGUCUUCACGACUGCAUCUGAAUGCCAAACCUGCCAUCCCAAAUGCUUGCACCUUGUCCCCAUCAUCACUAAGCAUAGCAAACAAGGCAGUGAGUCCACCACAGAUUACGUUUGGAAGGGCACCCAUUAGGUUUGAAUACUCGAUGACUCCAAGGUCUGUUCAGACUCAGAAUUUAGCAAAUCUGAAUAGAUGUGGCCCCAAACUGGGUGAAGUGUUCAGAUUUAAUGGAGGCUCUAAGUUGCCUGGGGCCCCUCUUUCAGCCUCUUUUAAAUUAUUGUGCAACAACUCUAGUUCGGUCUCAAAGGCUAUGCCUGUGAGGCAGCCUCUGAAAUUGUCUCCUAAAAGGCUUGAUAUCUCUGAACUCCCCAGGAUACCAAAGAUUAAAAAGGAAACAAAUAGUGGACAUUUGGGAUCGCAACCUGCCAGUGACCGAAGCAGUGAUAUUCCCAGCUCCUGUGUAACACAGUUGACUGGCAAAGGGAGUACAAACCAGCCACUUGGAGGUAGUAAAAUGGAAAACAGCAAGCCGAAUGCUACUCAGCAGCAAGUGCAUACAAGUGGAGGCUGUCCUACAAACGCCGUUGCCCAUGCCAGUUCCACCCUUCCUCCUUCAAGGGGGAAAGUUGGAACCUCUUCCUUUGAGAGCUUUAAAAUCAACAUCCCUGGAAAUGUUGGACAUUCCAGCAGACUGUCUAAUCCUGGGUUUUGCAAUACUUUCCGACCAGUUGACAAUAAAGUACAACAGAAAGAGAAUCCAUCACCCCUCUUUUUGCUGAAAAAAACUAAACCAGUCAAAAGUGAAAUAUAUGAUCCUUUUGAUCCAACAGGUUCUGAUUCAAGCUCAGCAAAUAGCAGUCCAGAAAGAUUGCCCCUCACUAAUAUCACCAGAACAAUAUCUAUAGCAAGUCCAAAAGUUCAGACUUUCCAAACAGUGCGCCGCAUUACCCCUUAUGUGUUGGAAAAUAUCUUUGGAUCAGGGGCUGAAUCGUCUGAUGCACCAUCAGGUAACACAGAGUCUCAUGACGAUGCAAUAAAGAAGAGGCUUGUGGAGCAGGUACCUGAUACAGAACAAGAAAAAGCUGAUGAGGAGGAAUUGUCGAGUGUACCCUAUACAUCAUCUGCUAUCAAGCAAGUUAUUUAUGAGGAGCACGUAAAUGAAGAUGAUGAAGAUGGGCCUAGGAUAAUUUUUGAAGAUGACCAAGCUAAAUCUAGAGUAAAAAUUAAGUUGGACAGUCCCAUAAGGGAAAGUGAACAGCAAACAUUACCUAAAACCGAGCAAACAGAAGAGCAAUCUUUUUCAAGAUCCCCAUCAAAUUCUAGUUCUCAGAGCCAGAAAAAAUUAAAAAGAAAAAAGGCAACUAUGAAAGAAUACACAAGCGCUCGAUCAAGAUCUAGGUCAAGAACAUGUUCAAGAGAUAGAAGCUCCAGAUCUACUUCUCACUCUGUUGAAGAAAAAUACAGUAAAAGCCAGAGGAUUAAAGCAAAGGCUCGGCGUUCAUCAAGCGACUGCUCCAGUAGUCAUGAGCGAUUGAAAAAAAAGAAAGCAAAGGAUAAGACUAAAGACAAAAAAGCAAAAAGAUCCUGGCCAAAAGAACACAAGAGAUCUAGAUCACAAUCUGGUAGUCCAGGCAACUCUUCUUUUGAGUUGUACGAAAGUAGAAAAAAGAAAAAGCACUCGACCUCUAGAUCCAGGGGACAAGAAUAUUCCCCAUCAAACAGUGCUGAGAGAAUGAAGAAAAAAAAGCACAGAAGAGAGAGAAGCUAUGACAGGUAUGAGAAAGAGAAGGCCUCAAGGUGCCGAGAGAGAAAAAGAUCUAGGUCUAGAUCUCGGGAGAAGCGAAAAAGGAGAUCGAGGUCAUCCUCGCCAUCAGGGGCCCGGGAGUCUAAAGGAACUAAGUCUAGGGAGAAACAGCUGCAAUCCAGGUCACGCUCCAAAGAAAGGCAGUGGAAGCCAAACGAGAUGUCACCACUACCUCUUCAAGAGAAGGAUAAGAAAGAUGAGAACCUAGAUAGUUCUCUUGAACAUGCUCCUCCUUGGGCACAAGAACUAGAAGAUAUGACACAAGAAACUUUGAACGUUCAUCUAGACCUGGUCCCUGUGCAGGAGAGUCCUCCAAAAGAGAGCAUAAUGGAAGUUGAUUUAGAAGAGGCCAUUUCAAAGGAGCAAAUCUGUAAGAAGCUUGUAAAUGAAAUAAUUUCUCCUCAGGCAGAGUGCUCAAGUUCUGAAGUGUUACCUGACAACAUAAAUUCUUCCAUGGGGAAAGAAUUGGCAGAACUUUGUAGCCAAAGUAGUAUGAAACUGGAGGAAAUUGAAAUUAAAAAAGAAGAUACUGAUGUGUGCCCAUUUUUAACAGACUCUCUGUUAGAGAAGGAGGAACUUGUACAGGAGCAUAAUGAGGCAGUGCCAAUUCAAGUUUUAUCAGAAAUUGGAACACCGACAGAGGCUAAAGGUGGGAGCCUUGUGUCGGAUGAGAAUGUAGCUGAUGUAAAUAAACCUGAACUAGAGGCAGUAGCUCAAGGACCUGUGUUGAAAUCUAAACCACCAGUGAAAAGGGUUACAUGGAAUCUUCAAGAGGAAGAAAGUGAUGCAGUGACUGCAGGCAAAACAACAAGGGUUCCGUUCUGCAAACAGCAGAGAAUGAAAGAAGGGGUCUGGAAAGCAGAGGAUUUGACCCAAACAUUAAAUCAGGUUUACAACCAGAACCUGCCUUUGAUAGCACCGCUUCCCUCGAGUCUGCCACCCUAUGCACCUGUUAGUCAGCCCACUGUUCAGUUCAUCAUGCAAGGGAGUCUUCCUUUGCUUAGCUGUGUGGCAGGGCAGGGAUUGACUCCAGAGCCUGGCAAUCUGGCAUUGGCUUCAGAGCCAGGAAUCCAGGCCGCUUCCACGGGAGACACAGAGGAGAAAGACAAAGCACCUAAAUCUCCCAUGGAUAAAUCAAAAAAUGAGGAGUACAUGAAGAAACUUCACAUGCAAGAGAGGGCUGUGGAAGAAGUGAAACUUGCAAUCAAGCCCUUUUACCAGAAAAGGGAGAUCACCAAGGAGGAAUACAAGGACAUUCUUCGGAAGGCGGUGCAAAAGAUCUGUCAUAGCAAAAGUGGUGAAAUUAACCCUGUGAAGGUGGUGAAUCUUGUGAAGGCUUAUGUCGAGAAAUAUAAGCAUAUGAGGAAACACAAGAAGAGUGACCAUGAAGAAGAGCCUGGUGAAACAGGGAACUGAGAAGAGCCAAGCCCAAAGGAGAAACAAGCAGAGGCUUUUCGAGCCAAGGAUUUUUUUCUUCCUCCAGAGGGAAGCAGGGAUAUGCAAUUGCAUGUUGCAAGAACCCACCCCCCUCAGAAACUGGAAUGCCGUAGGGCCUUCCUGCUGGGUGACACAUUUUCACAUAAGAAUAGACUUGGAUUUGACUGCGCUUCACAAACCAAAUGUCAGCAGAUCCCCCUCAAUUUGUGGAGUAAUUCUGGACAAAGAAAACUUGUGUGUGUUGGGGGAUGUAUCCUAUCGAUUUUCAUGGCUUACUUUGUUCAUCUUUUUUUGUCUGUACAUCUGUCCUCAGUUUAAAGCAGACAUUUUUAUAUGCAGUAUAUAGCAAUGUAUACUUGCUUCCAAUGUGUUCUUAUUUAUCAGAAGUAUGGAUUCUUUAGAAAUUUCUCAGAAAUUUGGUUUAAUACUUGAACCGUGAUAUUUUUAGCCUGUUAUGAGAAACUUUGGCUUACCCUGUCAUAUGGGAGUUAUAAAUUCUCUUCUGAAAAUACUGCUUCAGAGGUGGCACUUAUUUACAUUUUCUUAAAAUAUCUUAUUGACAAAUUUCAUUUUGGAUUUGUGUGGAGAAUGGAGGAAGGGAUCUGAACUAUGUUGAACCUUGUGUGAAUAAUGUGCUGAAGGCUGGUUUUGAGCUUUUCAUUCAACAAACUACCUUUCACUGGGGGUGGGGGAAGAGCAUGGUUUGCAGACUUUGAGAAACAAACCUGAGGAAUGCAGCAGAAGGAUGUACAAAGGAGAAAUGUGACAAUUUAUAAAGUUAUUUUAA